UAGGAGACAAGAAUAAAAGAACAAAGAAAUUGGUUAGAGAGGGGGUAGAUGGAUGAGGAAGUAGUGAGUGAGUCUCUCUCUCUCCCCCCACCCCCACAAAGAGAGAGAGAGAGUGAGGAACAUAAAAACUUUUUAAAGACAAAAAAACAGACACAAAUAGAUAUUUGAUAGACAAAAUAAAAACUGCUCAUUACACUUUCUUCUUCUUCUUCUUCUUAGUACACACACUUUCUCAGAAAAAUGAAUUCAAGCAAAAGAGAAGAAGAAGAAGACGAUCUUAAUCUUUUCCUUCCAGUCCCACCGGAUCUAUCAAUACACCCACCACACCAGAUCCUCCCCUCCACCACCACCACACAACCACCAUCAGAACCUCCCUCUUUCUCUCUCUCCGAAAUCGUUCUCUUCCCUUCCCCCUCCCCUUCCUCCUCCCCUCACAGCCACUCCUCCGGCGACUCACCACCACAAACCACCGCCCCAACGCUAAAACCCUUUUUCAUAAGCCCUGACCCACAUAUCUCAUCUCAAUUCUACACAUUCAAUCGAGAUUCUCAUUCUUUAAUGAUCAACUGCCUCCUCCAAAACCGCCUCGCUACUCCGGCCGAGAUCCGCGACGCCACGCCAUCCCCCGUUCUUAAAUCGUGGCGAACAGUUUGGAAAGACCGGAACGAAGAAACCGCUUAUUUAACUGCUUGGAAGAGAAUUCAAGAUAAAUUAACCGCGCGUGUUGAUCAAAACGGUAAUCAAUUUCUUUGCUUCAAGAACAACACGAAUCAAUUCGUUUCGCAUGUUAAUCAAUGGCAAGACAUUGUUAUGAAUUUUCAUAGUGAUGCUGAUCUUAAACAUUUAGGUGUUAAAGAUACUGUUGAGAGAAUUAAACAGGUUUGGACUGUUGGUGCCAAGUUUUAUGGGAUUCCUGAGAGUUAUGUUAGAGUUUGUAUUGCCGCUUGUCCUGUUUGUUCCGCGGCAGAGUCUGGAUCUAGUAUGUCUGAUGCUGCAGCGGCUGCUAGGAACAAGCGGCGGAGAUUUGAGUAUACUGAGUCUUUUGAUGUGCCGGCUAAGGAAGUGCCGAGUAAGUUGCAGCAGUUAGCUGCUAAGCAUAAGGUUGUGCUUUGUAUUAGACAGAAGUAUAUUAGGUAUAAGCCAUUUAUGGCGGAGGUUAAGGAUUAUGCUUGUCAUAGAGCGGGUCAACCUGCUGCGAAUAAGAAAGCCAAGAUUUUGAAGAGGGAGCCUUAUGCUUCGAAGAGAUGUGGAUGUGGGUUUAGGAUUAGGGCUAUUGUUCCGAUUGCGAAUUAUAAUGAGAAGGAUAAGAGUUUUGUUUAUGAGGAAGAGGGGACCGCGGUUUUUAAAUUGUAUGCUGUGCAUUCGGGGCAUGAACCGGGGCCUUUGGAUGGGAAUGCUAGGAUUAUGCAUAGGGUUGUUGGACAUAAAGGUGGGUAUUUGAUGGAUCAGGAUGCGGUUGUUUAUGGGGUGAGUGAGGAAAUGGAGAACGAAGGGUUUGGUUUGAUGGGGAAAGAUGAUGGAGAUUUGCAGUUUUCGGUUUUGCAACAGGUGCAGGAGUUGAGAGCUGAAGUUGGGAUGUUGGAAGGGAGGGUUUCGAAGAUUCCGCAGGAGCUGUUGGGUUCGGUUUCAAGGGAUUUGUUUGAUGUUGUGAAUAGAAUUAGGAGUAUAGGGAAGUGGGCUUGAAGCCAAUGGGGUUACAUCACGGAUAAGUCACAUUCAGACGAUGUCUUGGUUGGGGAUAAUGAUCUUGCAAACUGGAGUAAUCAUCACCAUGAAAGGAUUUACGGGGAUGGCAAGGAAACAGAGCUGAUUGAGGAUGAUGAAGAUAGUUUUGGCCGCACUUUGGGAGAAGUUGUUUCUUGGGGGACCAUAUGAACGGAGUGCAGAAGUCAGAAGGAUCUCAUAAGCGAAACUUGUAAGCCUGAAAAGUGGUUGAAAUGUGAUUUUGAUCAUAAGAGCAUACUUGAUUGUGAAGAUACUAAACUAACCAAACCCAUCAGACAUAACGAGGCAAUAGUUUCAGACGUAGGUCUUGGUUGUGUUGACAGUUUCUACCAAGACAAUUCUAAAUGGUAUGAUUCUCCUUGUGCUUUGGGUACCAGUGCAGAUUGUGAGGAUACUGGAUUCCAUCAUGGAGAGAUUUUAUAGUGCCAUGAAGGUCCAAGUUUAUACACUCUAACCUAGAGAUCAGACACUGCUCUGCCUAUGUACCCCUUCAAACAAAUUGAAGUGGGAUUGUACAUUUAUGUAUACAGAAGAUUGGAGCCGCUCAACUUGCCCUUUUAGGUGUAUUUAUUGUAUGUGGUUCUGUAAAGUAUGACCAAUUAUGCUUCUUGCACAUAGCUUUGUUAUGAGUUUGGAUAUAUUUAUUGACCUUGCUCUCUCACAGACUUCAGAUUCUUUAGCUUAGUCCUUCUUAUAAUGCACAUCAGUGUUUUUAGUGGUUUGUUUUUUAACUUCGGAUAAUUUUGUAUGUAUUAUGAAGAGCUACCGGUGAUUUAUUGCCAUAUGGUGUUGUGAACUUUUUCUUUUUGGCA